UAUAUAAUCUAUAGAAAUAUAUACAUAGGUCCGUGAUCUUGUCUGCCAAAAUACAAAAACAGGAAAAAACAACACUGAAACAGUAACUGACCAUGAGUCAGUCUUCUAAUGGUAGCACAAGGAGCAGAGGUCAAUGGCGUGGAGGCAGAGGACAAGGAAGAGGGUGGUGGAGAGGCUAUGGUAGAGGUAGGGGAGGAUAUUACAGAGGAGGAGGGGGAGGUGGAAGCUGGAGAGGUACCUACAACAACAACAACAAAAAUGUCAGAGGAAAUCAUACUAAUGGUCAGUCUAGUAAUCCAGCCCAUGCUCUUAUGGACAUGCCAGGACCAAGCUCGGCGAAAGCUCCAAAAGUACAAACCAAAUUAACGGUAGUAUCUCCAUAUGCUGGCUGGGCCCUUUACUUCCCAGACCAGACCUACUCUGACCACAGCCCUGUCGUGGACAAAGCCCAGGUGUUUGAGAAGUACUUUGUCAGCUGGAAUAAACUGUUUGACUGGGAUGACAUAGAACAGAAGUGUUUUUUCAUUAUAGACUAUAAGGAAUUAUCUGAAGACUCUAUCAUCAAAACUCAUUACGCUGAUCUUGGCGCAGAGCUGAAAGAUUUCCCAGAGAAAGUUCUAGCUUGUAUGGGAUUAGCCAUGCAUCAGAUAGUCACCCACAAACACCAACAAGAGGCAGCCAGUAUCCUACAAGAACUGGGCGGCCCGGUGGAAGAGGUCAAUAACUAUUGUGCUCCAAUGUUAUAUCCCAGGAUAAUCAACUUUGGAUCACCGCUGGCAUUGAAACAUUUCAAGGCCAAUGUCUAUGGAAAGUUUGUUAGUGUGAAAGGAACUAUUGUCAGAGUGAGUAACAUCAAGCCAUUGUGUAUUCAACUGGCCUUCCAGUGUUCAAGCUGCGCUCACAUACAGGCUCAUGCUUUACCAGAUGGAAAAUAUACCAUGCCAACAAAGUGCCCAACGGAUGGUUGUCGCAGUAGAACUUUCCUUCCUUGUCGCAGCCACAGCCAAACUGAAACUAUUGACUGGCAAACCAUCAGAGUGCAAGAAAUCAUGUCGGAUUGUCAGAAGGAUGCUGGGAGAAUUCCUCGAACUAUUGAUUGUGAACUGACUCGAGACUUAGUUGAUGCCUGUGUACCUGGUGAUAUUGUGACUGUCACAGGAAUAGUCAAAGUAAAUAGUGUGGAUGAAGGUCGAGGUAAAAAUAAAGACAAGUGCAUGUUCCUGCUCUAUCUCUAUGGUAACAGCAUCAACAACACUAAAGGCAACAAGAAGGCCUCCGAUGAGGAAUCUGGUUCAGGCCUGGCCAUGGACUUCACGAUGAAAGAAUUGUAUGCCAUUCAGGAGAUUCAAAGUCAGGAGAACCUCUUCAGACUGCUUGUAGGGUCGCUGUGCCCAAGUAUCUUUGGCCAUGAGAUGGUGAAAGCAGCUCUGAUUCUUUGCUUGUUUGGCAGCAGUCAGAAGUUCACAAGCGACAAGAAUCGUGUCCCUGUGAGAGGAGAUCCCCACCUCUUGAUAGUGGGAGACCCAGGUCUUGGCAAGAGUCAGAUGUUGCAGUCUGUAGCAUCAGUGGCACCUCGAAGUGUCUAUGUCUGUGGAAACACUACCACCACUUCUGGUCUAACAGUGACUCUGUCUAAAGAAGGGGGCUCAGGAGACUAUGCUCUAGAGGCUGGGGCUCUAGUACUGGCGGACCAAGGCUGCUGCUGUAUUGAUGAGUUUGACAAGAUGGGGGCACAGCAUCAAGCAUUGUUAGAGGCCAUGGAACAACAGAGCAUCAGCAUAGCUAAAGCAGGCAUUGUUUGUAGCCUUCCAGCAAGAACUUCUAUCCUGGCUGCGGCUAAUCCUGUAGGAGGCCAUUACAAUAAGGCCAAGACUGUCUCUGAAAAUCUCAAAAUGGGUAGUGCUCUGCUGUCUCGCUUUGACUUGGUUUUCAUUAUGCUGGAUAAACCAGAUGAGGAGUUGGACUGUGUUCUCUCUGAACAUGUGAUGGCACUGCAUGCUGGGGCAUCAAGAACUGUUGGGUCCACAUCAUCUGUGAGAUUAGAACCAUCAGAUGCGUCCAGAGCUCAGUGGGAACAAGAUAAACCUCUUAGUGAAAGAUUGAAGGUGUGCAGAUCUGAGCUCACUGACCCAAUACCUCACCAGCUGUUACGUAAAUAUGUUGGCUAUGCAAGGAAAUAUGUUCAUCCCAAAAUCGGUCCAGAAGCUGCUACAGUUUUACAGGAUUUUUAUCUGACGUUACGUCUCAAACAUCAGAGUCGAGACAGUACCCCCAUCACAACCAGACAGCUGGAGUCUCUCAUCAGAUUGACGGAAGCCAGAGCUCGAUUGGAGCUGAGAGAGACUGCUACUAAAUCAGACGCUGAAGAUGUAGUGGAGAUUAUGAAAUACAGCAUGCAAGAUGUUUUCUCUGAUCAGUUUGGUUUCAUCGAUUUUAACAGAUCAAUGCAUGGCUCAGGAAUGAGCGGUAGAGCUCAGCCCAAACGUUUUAUCUCUGGACUUCAGAGAAUCUCAGAGCAGACGUACAACAAUAUCUUCACACUUCAACAGAUGAGACAAGUGGCUAAGGACUUGGGUUUAAAUGUUCCAGACUUUGAAGGAUUUGUCAGCUCUUUAAACAAUCAAGGAUUUUUGUUGAAGAAGGGGCCAAAGGUAUACCAGCUACAGACAUUUGGAUAAUUUUAGACUAAAGGUAUACCAGCUACAGACAUUUGGAUAAUGUUUGACUAAAGGUAUACCAGCUACUGACAUUUGGAUAAUAUUAGACCAAAGGUAUACCAGCUACAGACAUUUGGGUAAUGUCGGACCAAAUGUAUACCAGCAACAGUCAUUUGGGUAAUGUCAGACCAAAUAUAUACCAGCAACAGUCAUUUGGGUAAUGUCAGACCAAAGGUAUACCAGCCACAAACAUAUGAAUAAUGUUAGACCAAAUAUGUACCAAUUUCAGACUUUUGGAUAAUACACAGAUCUAUCUAGUUCAGUUGUACAUGCUUUGGAGUUAGACUAACAUCAGGAGGUUUAUUUGCCUCAUUCCAUUUGUAUGGCAGGAGGUCUUUUAUCCUUUUGUUCUAAAAUAACAUCAGAGAGUUAUGAAUGAAUCUGAUACCAAUAAUGUAUGAAGUAUAGUAUGGUUAAUGUUGUUAGUCUGUAAUAUAUGUUAGAUUUAACUUCUGUAAUAUAGAUCUAGCACUGCCUAUUUAACUGUAGUCUUUCAUGUAAAUAAAAAUUUGAAUUAGUAAAAAUUUUUGUAUGUUUCUUCCUUGACUAGUAAUGUCAUGAAUUGGCUUUCGUAUAUUUCGACAUAUUUUUAACUGAUUCAUUAUGUUGAAUAAAUUAAUUCUUCAAAGUCCAGUAUUACAGCUAUAUGGAUAAGUUCUCUCACCUUUUAAUUGUGGAGAAUUGUUUUUUCUUUCUAUGCCUAUAGUUUGGGUAUCUGAUUUAGUUUUAGGCAUAAUGGUUUAGGUCAUAACUUACUUGACUUAAUCUUGUGAACCCUCCUGGGGGAGCAUAGGGCUGCAAUCACACCUCUCCACCGAACUCGGUUCUGAGCAGCUUUCUUCAUCUGCUCCCAUGUCAUUCCAGUACCCUCAGCUUCUCUGAUGGCCAACCUCUUCCAGGUUUUCUUGGGUCUGCCCACUUUCCUUGUGGAUCCCAAUCAAGUGCCUGCCUUGCAACAAUGGUGGCUGGUUUUCACAAGGUGUGUCCUACUCAGCUCCAGUUUUGCCUUUUAUUAUCCUGGGCAAUGGGAUGUUGUUUUUUUCCUAGUUCUUUACCACAAGCUGACAGUAGACAUCUUUUCAGGUCACCUGAUUCCCAAUAUUCAGCAUAGGUCACUGUGAAGGUCUGGUAAAGUAAAGUAAAGUUCCCCUAUCAGACCUUGUGGUCUAUAGGGCAGAUGAUGUAAAGGUCAUCUGUUUCUGUGGCCUACGGUUAACAAGGGUGUCAUGUGGCCAGCACAACGAAUCCCUUAUAAUCCCUAACGUCAGGUACCCAUUAGAGCUGGGUGGACUCAGAGGCGUCCGAAGAUCCCGAAAUUAAAAAUCCCAGUCUUCACCAGGAUUCGAACCCCGGUUCGGAAGCCAAGCGAUUUACCACUCAGCCACCGCGCUUCUGUGAAGGUCUGGAGUUUUCCCAUAUUGGUUUUUGUGACUCUCCAUGUCUCGGAACAGUUUGACAGUGUUAAAGAUUCGGGUCUUGUUCAAUAAAGACAGUGCUUUGGAGCGGCAGAUAGUUUGAGGAGUGGUGAAGGCAAACCUAGAUUGUGU